AUGUCUGAGCUCGAAGAGUCAGGAACUGUUACCACUGCAGUCCGCGUUCGACCGUUUUCCCAAAGCGAGAUCGGUUCGAAGGAUAACUACACUGCGGUAGACUGCCCCGAAUUCGGCAAAGUCAGAUGUUCGAAGAAAGGCCUGCAUGCAACAGUAUUUUCUGUGGAUCACACAUUUUGUUGCUUUGCUGGAGAUGUAAUUGAAACUGAAAAGGGAAGUCAACAGGAAGUGUAUAUGGCUCUGGGGUUGCCUUUAUUAAACAAGGCUCUUGCUGGAUACAAUGCGUGUUUGCUUGCCUAUGGUGUUACGUCCUCCGGAAAAACGUAUAGUAUGUAUGGGACGGUUGAUGAUCCUGGCAUUGUUCCACGAAUUGUGGAGGAUUUGUUUGCUCACAUCGAUGUAGAAAGGGGAACGAACGUUUCGACGACAGUCCAUUUCAGUUAUUAUGAAAUUUACAACGAGAAAAUCAACGAUCUUUUACAGGACAAGAGGAAUCCAUCCCAAUUGACAGUUCGUGAGCAUCCGGUGACAGGACCUUUUGUGGAAGGCCUCAUCCAACCAGCGGUUCACUCCUCUGAGGAAAUGUUCGCCUGGCUUCGGCAGGGCGAUGCGCGUCGCAGCGUAGCAUCAACUGAGAUGAACGCUCGCAGCUCUCGAUCACACACAAUUGCCUCCUUCAUCAUUCGGCGUGAAGUAGUGAGAUUUACGAAGAAGGGGACUGUGGAGAAUGCCUACACAAGCAAGUUAACUUUAGUCGACUUAGCAGGCAGUGAACGUCAGUCUUCGUCUAACGGCAUAAGUGAACGAUUGAUGGAGACGUGUCAGAUAAACAAGUCGUUGUUUGUUCUGGGAAGGGUCAUAUCCCAGCUGAGUGGUGACACGCAGACGAAGACCGUUUUCCGCUCAACCGAACGUCCAAGUCGUAAGCGACCCAAGUUGGAAUUCGAGGGGACCUCGCCACUGCUUACACCCCAAACAUUGGUAAAGCGCAAAAAUAAUACAUUCGUGUCCUAUCGUGACUCUCUUCUCACUUGGCUAUUGAAGGACAGUCUUGGUGGUAAUUCGGUCACUACUAUGCUGGCGACGGUGUCUCCCUCUUCACUCCAUAUUGACGAUACGCUUUCGACUUUACACUAUGCUAGGCGCGUCCAGUGCAUAGUCAACAAGGCUGUGGUAAACGAAGACCCCGAAGGACGCAUUAUUCGAGAAUUAAUGUCUGAAGUUGAAAAACUCCGAAGACGUCUUGACGAAUCUGCAAAGUCCAGCAGUCCUCUGACUGGACAAGUUCGCACACUCAAACGUUUGCUCUUGGCCAGAGAGGAGGAAAUUGCUCAACUUACUAGCGAAUUGGCUAAGCGCACUAUAGCCUGUGCACGGCUCCAGGCCGGAGCCUUACAGGCUUCGUCGGAAACCACAUCUCCGUGUCUUUAUGUUGGUGAUCUCUGCACAAAAGACCUAUGUGAGAUACCUAUGAAGCGCCUUAAGUCGAAUCUGUGUCCUGAGGGUACAGGCGGCAACACUCUUUCUACUAUCCGUCGUGUGGCACCCGAUGGUGCAGAAAAAAGUGAAUCCACCGUGCGGACAGAUGCUCCCAAUUGUAAUGGCGACCCGAAUCCCUCUGGAAUCCAACUCGCGGAGUUCCCCGGCUCCAUCGACGUUGUUGAGUCGAGUGCAGUUAUACCAAGAGAAGACGUGUCAACUAACACGAUUGAAGAUGUAACAGUAAUUCCUCUAAGUGAUCUGGAAAAAAUGCAGUCUGAUUUGCGAUUCUUAACUAAGGCACUGUCUGCAUACCAAAAUGUGCAAACGGCAGAUGCGUCUCUUGGUGUCUGUGAACAGACUUUCGGUCUUAGUGUUUUGCCGUCUGAAGACUUGUCACUUAUGAGGGCAGCGAUCAAGCGGAAGCUGGAAGUUGCCAAGUGUGAGGCCGAAACUAACACCGAUGAACUGGUAAAGUACGAUGUGGCGACAUCUGAUGAUCCUAGCUAUCAAAUCCUCCCUCGAACUUCACUUGACCAGGUUAUUGGGGGCGUGGGGAAUCGUCGUUCGGUAGUGGAGAGUAAAGCAUAUGUCGAUUCCACUACCUUAACAGAUGACUAUGAACUCGGUGUUACAUAUAUUUCGUUAAAUUUCUUCAAUGAACUUUACGAAAGGCAGCAUCUGCUUCGAUUAAAAUUGAGUUCUCAAGAGCCCAAGCCAAAAUCGGACGCAAAUGUCACCACUGAUCUCGAUGUCAUGGUUCUUUCCGAAAAGGACUACAAAGAAUUACAUUGCCAAAUUGAAAAAUUAAAAGCAAAACUUAGUAGAUGCGAGGCUGUUGGUGAAGACAAAGAAACGAGCACCCAUAAUGACGAUGUGGCUGUUGACGACUUCGCUGUCGAACGAACGAGCAAAGAUAUGAAUGAGUCGGAGCGUGAGUUUAAUAGGUGCGAAAGUGCGAACCCGACGGAUAAUCUGACUAGCGAUGCUUGUGUAGCUGCUGCUGGGAAUGCUUCGUCAAGCCACUUGUCGAGGGAAGCCAUUACGAAGGAUUAUGUGCACAGUCGGGUAAAUUUCUUCGAAAAUCUCAACCGGAGUCAAGUGAUUUGCAGCGAAUACCUUCCACAGGCUUCAAAGGAAGGCACAUUCAUGUGCGGAUCCAACAUAGUGAAGCAGCCGAAUGAUGAACUCCUAGCUAAUGAGGAUCUGAAACAAAACGUGAAACUUUUACAAUACCAAGUGGAAUCACAGCGUUGGGAAAUCCAGUAUCUCGAGAAGCUGAAUAAGCGGUUGACGAAUGAGCGUAAUAUGGUGGCCAAAGUGUUAAAGAACGUGUUUCAGGAACGCAGAAGCAAUGCGGUGGAUAUGUUGGCUCUCUUUGAUGAAGUGUUAGGGUCGAUUCCUCAAGUAUCGGAGGAGUUCCGUCGGGAAAUGGAGUCUAUUUUGGAGCAGUUUGGCUGUGAUACGAACAAACCGCUCAUCUAA